AUGUCUCGGGGAACACUAGCGCCUCAGGUAUCAUGUGCUGGUAUGCGGUUCCUCAAGAAGAGGCUUCAGGUGCGGUGUGCAGCGGAUUGUAGCCACAAGAGUGUAUUCACGAGGGAAGAAUUUAUUGCGUUGUGCACGUCAAAUCCGUAUGUGCCAAUUAGUGAGCGAAUGACCUUGCGCGAGGCGGAGGACUUCCUGCAAACGCUUCAUCGUGCGCGAGAGGUAAUUAUGGUACGUGGCUGUGUAUAUACUAAACCUUCUGAUGUUGUAGAUGCUGUGCAUAUCAAGGCGCAUCUCCCCAAGCUUUUACACGGAACCCACGCAUGUUCUUCACAACAUGUUGGCACACAUAGUGGAAGCGCUGCCACUUGCGCACCAAAGAAUGUAACGUGUCGACGCGAUUUUUGGGCUGCUAUUUCCCUUAUCAGUGGGUCACAAAUGACUCUUUUGGCCUAUCUGACGUUUAUUGUGUAUGAUUGGGACGUAAUGGAGCCUAUCUGCUAUUUUGUGACGACUUUUACAGCGCUAUCCCUAUACGCUUACUCUCUCGUCUUUCGAAGGGAGUGCUCUUUUAAUGCUGUAGACAAUCAAUUGUUUCCCUGGACUGACACGUCUGUUGCCGAAUUGCCUCAUGCCAACGUACAAAUAUGUUCUGACAACUCGGCCUCUUGCAGUGUUGCUAAUGGUGCCGAGCUGUCUUUGGUGGAUGCUGCUGAUUUGCUUCAUAGUCUCGAUGUUACCACCACCACCACCAAAGACGGUGCACUGCAUAGGGGCUGA